UCAGUAGAGCUGUAUCUGAGCUGCAGUAUGCCUCGUCACCGCCGCCACCGACACAAGAAACCUGGGAGCCCUCAUCAUGAGCCGGAGCAGAGUUGCGAACCCCCAACACAGUCCGAGGCCAAGUACUAUAUUGUGAAACAGUCAGAAUCACUAGGACGAUAUCUGGAGGCCAGUCGAGACAUUGCUGAAGGUACAGUCAUCAUAGAGGCAGAGCCACUGGUAGUGGGUCCUGUGUCUGAUUCUGCACCUUUAUGUCUGGGUUGUUACACAGAACUGAGCAGCAUCGACUCUGCAGAAAAAUGCAAAUCCUGCAAAUGGCCAUUAUGCUCCAACACUUGCAAGGGCUUAAACAAAAUCAAUGGACACAGCAAAGAAGAAUGUUCGCUCCUCUCAAAAUGCCCGAUUGAAAGUAACAGUCUUCAAAAGCAACAGCUGUACAAUGCAAUAUUCCCACUGAGAUGUCUAAUGCUGCGAGAACAUCAGCCGGAAAAGUGGAGAAUCCUGAACACAAUGCAAGCUCACAACGAGCUACGGAGGAAACAGCAGUCCAUCUGGAACUACAACCAGAAGUCUGUUGUGGAUCGGAUAAGAAAUGAGUGGAAGAUUGACAAAUUCACUGAGGAGGAAAUCCACACUGUUUGUGGAUAUGCUGAGGUGAAUGCAUUUUCCAUUGGUGGGGACUCUAUCAACAUCCAAGGUCUCUACCCGGAAGCAUACUUCUUCGCUCAUGAUUGUGUAGCCAACACUUCACACACAGACGAUGAGAACUACAAGAUAAAGGUGUUCACAUCUGUCAAACUACGCCAAGGGCAAAUGUUAACUUUGUCUUACACAAACUCUCUAAAGGGUACAGUCAAACGUAGGGAGCACCUGAGAAAGUGCAAGUUUUUCGAGUGCUCAUGCCAGCGCUGCAGUGAUUCCACAGAGCUCGGCACUUACAUGAGUGCGCUCAAGUGCCGGAACUGCAGUGCAGGUCGAGUGCUGCCCGUGGAGCCCCUCAGAGACGACACUGACUGGAGAUGUGACGCUUGCAACAGCAUUCAUCUCAACAAAGACAUCAACACUGCAAUUAACAGGGUUGAACAAGAAAUCAGUGGGUUGGACCAGGAGAAGGUGCUGUUGAUAGAAGCGGCUAUCCGAAGGUACAGUGGGCUGUUACACCCCAGCCAUUACCUCAUAGUGGGCCUCAAGUACUCACUGAGUCAACUGUACGGCAAGACAGCUGGCUUCCUCAUCAGUCAGAUGAACGAAGAAACACUUCAGCGGAAAGUGCAAAUCUGCGAAGACAUUCUGAAAAUCUUUGACAUUGUGGAGCCAGGAUUUACACGUAUCAGAGCAAUAACUAUGUACGAGCUCCACGCACCUCUCAUGAUACUGACAAUCAAGCAGUCUGAGAGAGGCCACAUAUCUCACACUGAUCUCGCCAGAAACCUGAAAAGAGUGGCGUUCUACCUGAGAGAGUGUGUCAGACUGCUGAAAUUUGAGUCGAAAGGUACCCAAGAGGACUCCAUCAGAACUGCAGCUGUAGAGGGCUUGGUUCAGCUCAAGAGUUGGGAACCAGCUGUAGGGAAACUGUGAAUUAAGCUAUUUUACAAAUGUCUGGACAGUCAGAGACACCCCUGAGUGUAUUUUCAGGGGGGAGCCAAACCGGUAUCUCGUUUGAAGGGAAAAAUCUCUUACCACAAACAAUUUUAACAAAGAAUGUAAUUGAAAUUAAAAUUGUAUACUACUAGUCACUUAUCCAGUGCUAAUGCAAUAAGUUUUUUCUAGAAGUUCUUCUUUAUGUCAGCUCACUGUGUUUUAAGUAUUGACAAAAGACAAAGAUUGCUAAAAAGAUCUUUUGAGACCUUUCCUAUAAGAGCUCAUUUUUAAAAGAGGAUUUUGAUGAUUAAUUGUUUUUAUUUGUUUAUGCUAUUUAAAGUAAAUAGCAAUAAUGUGAUUUUUCAUCAAUUACACAGAUCUCUGGACGAACUGAGCUAUAUAUUGUUUUAUAGCUCAAAUCAUUAUUUUAAACUAUCUUGUUGGUACCAGUUACUUUUUAUAAACCAACACUUACAGUAACAAGAAGGGUUGUGAUGUCACAAUGACAUCACUGAAAACACCCGAUUGUAAUAAAUCAUAUUUCAAUUAACCUAACUAUUGACAAUGUAUGUUCCAAGUCACCUGCUGAAGACUUAUUUGUCCCAAUAUAAGAUUAUUGAUUGCCAAAGCCAAAAGCCAACUGUACUUUAAACUAAUACAUUCUAAUAAAAGCUAAAAUAUUGACUCCGAUUACAAAAUUUAGCGGUUUAAGGGGAAGCGAUUUCAUCUCCACCUCACCCUAACUUUGAUACAACAGCCGGUAGCUGAUAUACAUAUUAAACUAAGAAAAUGUGAUGGGGGAACCCAGGUAACCUUCAGUCUUCACCUUAGACCCCCUAAAUUUUGUGAACGGACUAUAAGGAUAAUAUAAUGUUAACUAGUUUAUAAUAUUUCUUUAACUUUGGCCGGAUAUAUGGUACAUUUACUCUAUGUUUUAUCACAUAAUACUCUUGUCUAUGUCACGUUUUCCUUUGUACUGCCACUGUCUUUGUUUUGUGUUUUUCUACGUCAAUGGCAUUUUUUAAUAAUUUAUUGUAAGAGUCUAUCAAUGUCUAAAUCAUUCAAGUGAUUAACACUUAUUUAAUUUAGUUUCAUUUGGUCUAUCUCUGAUUUGUGUAUUUUUAUCAUUUUUUUUUAUAAUCAUGGAUGAGAUAAUUGUCUAAUGUUUUACACAAGGUUAUUUGUUUGCACUAUGGCAUAUGAUAAUAAUAAAUGGAAUAAAAAAGAGUAACGCAU